GCAGCGGCGGCGGCAGCAGCAGCAGCAGCGGCGGCCGAGAACCGCGAGUGCAGCACCCACCAAGAGGGAGGAGGCUCGGAGGAGGCGCAGGCCGCGAGGACCGAAAAGCGGGAUCGUGGCCGUGCUUUGUGUUCGUCUGUUGCCGCUGCCUUGUCACCAUGAUCACCCCGUCAAGUGCAGGCAAAACCACUCUGCUCGCACUUGUCACGCUGUUCAUUGCAGUGUUGGACAGCGUAGUAGGCGGCGGUGGCGGCCACGAGUGGGGCUACGAUGACCACAAUGGACCGAAAAAGUGGGCUGGCACGUGCAAAAGCGGUCUCUUCCAGUCGCCAAUUGACCUCAAGGAGAGCAUCUCUCACCCAAGGAACUUUGAGCCUUUGGUUUUCUUUUUGUACGACAAGCCUGCUAACGUCACCAUGAAGAACAAUGGACACACACUGAAGCUGACGUUCGAGCAGUCGUGUGUGGCGCAAAUGGCAGGUGGAGGGUUGCCAGCCGCCUUCUCCCUGGCGCAAAUCCAUUUCCACUGGGGUUCUGAACACACCCUCAACGGAAGGAGGUACCCGCUGGAAGCGCACUUUGUGCACUACAACCAUAAAAGAUACGAUAGCCUCGGCGCAGCGGUUGGCAAGGAAGACGGUCUCGCUGUUCUCGGAGUGUUUUACGAAGAGUCAAACGAGGAAGCGGAUAACGGCAUCGUGGACAAACUGCUCGAGCACUUAGCGAGGGUGAGCGACGAGGGCGCCGAGUUUAAGAUGACCAGCAAGAUGAGAGCAGAAGAACUCUUCCCGGAGGACAUUGACAAGUUUUUCAGGUAUAGGGGCUCGCUCACCACUCCAGAGUGCAACGAGGGCGUUCUCUGGACCGUUUUGGAGAAAACGGUUCCAAUUUCUACUGCGCAGGUGGAAAAAUUCAAAAGUCUGGAAUCGAGGAGUGGCAAGAUAGAGGAAAACUACCGUCCGGUGGAGCCUCUAAAUGGUCGCAAUCUGUACCGACGCUCGACCCACCACAAUGGGGCACCUUCUUCGACCACUUCAUCACUGUCACUCAUUGCGGCCAGCCUGGCAUCUUGUUUGCUGUUGGCCAAUAAAGUGGCCUGAAGUCGCCCUCAGCACGCUCGUUAAAGAGAGCAAUGCAUCACAAUUAAAAGCAGACGGUGGAUAGAGUUACCUAGCGAGCAGAAAGCCCAAUUUUAACACAGCAAUGCUUUUCUAGUUUUAAGUCGUGCUAUCCCUAAGGGAUCUGGCAAAUCUUUGCCGUUUCCACAUGCACAUGUUAUCAUAGUUACUACGUAACAAGCAAAAAAUUUGUAGUAGGAAAUUAAAAUCCGUAAUAUGUGUUCUUUAUUAUUAUUAUUAUAUCGUUUUACGAGUUUUCGCGAUUGAGAUGUGUGUAUUGAGUUGCAUUUUAAUCUCAACAUCAGGUGGAGAGAUGGAUGAUACGUAAAAUAAAUUCAGGUCCUGUUUGAGAGUAAGAGAUUUUAUCGUGUAAUGAUCAAUUAUUUUCAUAACAAUAAAUUACGCUUUUAAUUUUAA